CUGUUCGAAUACGUUAAUUGAUGGGGAAUCGAAGAUUUUUGAUGGAGCUUCAGCAGUACCACCGGUCGUCGAAAAAGCCACCUUCUUCUCCUGCAACAUUAUAUAUGCUCCCGUCGCUCUUCGCCCUUCGCCCGUAGUCUCUUCGAGCACCUGUAAGCACAGAGCAAACAGAAGCGAAGGUUCGAGACGAGGUCGUGUUCUCGCCGCGGGUGCCACGAUGGGGAGGAAGGAAGAGCGACCGGGGCAAGCGUUGGAGGUGAAGAUACCGAGCCUGUUCCGGUGCCCCAUCUCGCUGGACGUGAUGCGGUCACCGGUGAGCCUGUGCACGGGCGUAACCUACGACCGCGCCUCCAUCCAACGGUGGCUUGAAUCUGGGAACACCACGUGUCCGGCCACGAUGCUCCCACUCCCCUCCACCGACCUCGUCCCCAACCUCACCCUCCAGCGCCUCAUCCACCUCUGGUCCUCCUCCGCCGCCCCUGCCCCUCUCGUCCCCCGCCGCCUCGCCAGGGACCUCCUACACGAGCUCUCUUCCGCCUCUAUCGCCGCUGGCGACGAUGAUCCCGUGCCCCCGCUCCUCAAGCUCACCGAGUUCUUCUCCGCCAACGAUGUCGAACCGAUCGAGAAGAACGACCUCGUCGGUGUCGGCGGAUGCACUUCCGUUCUCGCUUCCAUUCUUGUGCGGAAGGACUCUGUGUUGGAGAGCUCGGUGGCGGUGGCAAGGGUCUUCGCCUUGAUCCUGACCUCCGAUUUCAUCGACGGCUGCAAUAAGAAGAUCGCGAUCGCCGACCUCGUCUCCGAUAUCGACCGAUCGGUUUCGGCUUUGAUUCGAGUAUUGAGGGAUGGCGACAGCUUGGAGUCGCAGAUCGAUGCGGCGAGUGUUCUCGAUGCGAUCAUUGCCGCGUCUGAUUCGGAGGCCAAGGUCUUGAUAGCCGAGAAGGAGGAGCUCGUCAGAGAGCUGAUCCGGCUGAUCGGUCCGUCCGACGAGAAGGGAGCGACUAUGGACCGCCGGGCGGUCGAGGCGGGGCUGGGGUGCCUGGCCGGGAUCUCGGCCGCGAAGCGGGCUCGGCCGCGGAUGGUCCGCGCGGGGGUGGUGCCAGCGCUGGCGCGCGUGUUGAGGGCGGAUCCAGCGGUGGCUCCGCCGGCGACGGCGAGGCGAGCGCUGCGGGUUAUGGAAGCAGCCGCCGGGUGCGCGGAGGGCCGAGCGGCGAUCUGCGAGGACGGGGCAGAUGCGGCGACGGCGGUGGUGGGGAGGAUGGUGAAAGCCGGGAGGGAGGGUGGGGAGGCAGCGGUGGCUGUGCUCUGGAGCGUGUGCCACGCGUUCCGUGACAGGCGGGCGGUGGAAGCGGUGGCGGCGACGGAGGGAGGGGCGACGAAGCUGCUGCUUCUGAUGCAGACCGGGUGCUCUCCGGCGGCGAGAGAAAUGGCGGCAGACUUGCUCAAAAUCUUCCGUGUCAGCUCCAACUGCUUCCUCGCGGGGUACGAUACCAAUACCAUCCAUAUCACGCCCUUCUGAAACAUAAAACAAAAACCAAUCGAUUCUCUCUUGUCGAGUGUUACGAGAAACAUAUUUUGAAAACACAUGUAAAUGGACGCCAAUUUUUGAUAGAUGAAGAAAUCAUACAAAAGAAAUAUCGUGAA